AUGGCAGGCGCAGCUAUGGAGCAUCAGAUUGGGGAGAUCCUUCGAUCGAACCUCGACAUCCAGGAUCUAGAAAUCGUCGACAUCUCGGCAAAUUGCGGGACGUCGUUCUCGAUCGUCGUGGUAUCACCAGCCUUCCAAGGCAAGGGCAAGCUGGCAAGACAUAAGCUCGUAAACUCAAUACUAGCGGAUCAGAUUGCUACAUUACACGCAUUCUCACAAAAACCGUUGACACCGGCCGAAUGGGAAAAAGAAAAAGAAAAGCGGGCGGCCGCUACGAAAGUGUAG